GGUUUCCCUGUUUCUUGGCCUGCGGCGCCGACUGAGCCGGGGCAGCACGCGAUGGCCGUGGGCACCGGCACCUCGCUGGCGCUGUCCUCCCUCCUGUCGCUGCUGCUCUUCGCCGGGAUGCAGAUGUACAGCCGGCAGCUGGCGUCCACCGAGUGGCUCACCAUCCAGGGGGGCCUGCUGGGCUCCGGCCUGUUCGUCUUCUCGCUCACCACCUUCAGUAAUCUGGAGAAUCUGGUUUUUGGCAAAGGAUUCCAAGCAAAGAUCUUCCCCGAGACUCUUCUCUGCCUCCUGCUGGCUCUCCAUGCAUCUGGCCUCAUUCACCGAGUCUGCGUCACCACCUGCUUCAUCUUCUCCAUGGUCGGCCUGUACUACAUCAACAAGAUCUCCUCCACCCUGUACCAGGCAGCGGCUCCUGUCCUCACCCCAGCCAGGGUCACGGGGAAGGGCAAGAAGAGAAAUUGACCCUGAAUGUCUAAUAAAGUUGAUCUUUGUAA